CCCGUCGCCUAGGUGACGGAGGCCGCGCGCAAAAUGGCGGCCGCCGUCAGGGCCGGGCCGCGCCUGAGGAGAGCGGUGGAGGGAGAGGAGCUGGCCGGGCUCCCCGCCGCGCUCCGGGACGAGCUGCGGGACGCGCUGUCCUCGAAGGAUGCCCUGGUGCCCUUUAGCUUGCUGAGGAGGCUGCACGGAGGGCUGCGGGAGGCUGGGUCGCCGCUGUUCCUGUACCAGCUCCUGGAAGGCAGCGAGAUCGCCGUGCCCGAGGUGCCGGUGCAGCCGCGGAACCCCGAGCUGGUGGCGCGGCUGGAGAGGAUCAAGGCCAGGCUGGCCAACGAGGAGUACCGGCGGAUGACCCGCAAUGUCACCGGCCAGGACAUGAGCCGAGGAGGGACGCUAGCUGACUUUGGGAGGCAAGUUCGCUCCGCGAAAGCCGUGGUCAUCACCGUCUUCAACUUCAUCGUCACCGUGGUGGCCGCGUUUGCCUGCACGUACCUGGGCAGCCAGUACGUCUUCGCGGAGACCGCGGCGCGCGUCCUCUCGGCGGUAAUCGUGGCCUCGGUGGUUGGCUUGGCGGAGCUCUAUGUCAUGGUGCGCACCCUGGAAGGGGACCUCGGGAAGCUGUAACCGCGCGCGUCCCCCCGAAGUGUGUGGUCCUCGCGCUGGAGGCUUUGGCCCACCCCAGGAGGCGUUUGUGUGGGGGAGGCUUAUCUCUGCGUUGGCGUCUGGUGGACCUCGCUUCCCGCUCCUCAACGCUCCUGAAAUGAAUCGGGGAUUCAAAAAUCCUACAGCUGCGGAGCAGAAGAGGGAACGGCUGGGGACUUUUCCCGCCCCACCGCAGAGGAGCGUGAGCUGGUGCUGUGCCACCUCUGUGAAGCCGCUGUGCUCUCGUUCUGGGAAUAAAUCACGGUGUGUUUGCCUUCCU